AUGGACAAUAGCUUGGUUGAUAUGACACGUGCUGAAGCAGAAUUUGGUCAGGUCCAGCUCCAGAUGAGCAAAAUCUCUGGUUCAAAAAUACCUGCAUUGGAUUUGACAGAUAAGGAAGCACAAGCUGAUGAGGGCUUUGACUUGUUGGACUAUCUGCGAAGUGAGCACCAGGGCAUGGAUUCCCAGGGAUUUCCUCAUAAACAAAUUCGCGUCAUCUUUUCAGACCUUGGUGUUGUUGGAAAGGAUCAGGAUAGAAAACACAUUAAGACCUUCCCCGAUGCAGUCAAAGAUCAGCUGAUCUUACCCUUGGUGAUCAUCAAUAGGUAUCUUAAGAAACAACCAACAAAGAUGAUCAUUUCUGGUUUCAAUGGCUUUGUCCGUCCAGGUGAGAUGUGUUUAGUAUUGGGUCGACCUAAUUCAGGAUGCACCACAUUCCUCAAAGUGAUUGCAAACCAGCGGAUUGGUUUUACAAAGAUCUUGGGCACUGUCAAAUAUGCAGAAAUUGAAGCCCUGGCAAUGGCCAAAAAUUAUAAGGGAGAGGUUGUGUAUAAUCCUGAGGACGAUGUGCACCAUCCUACACUGACUGUAGGCCAGACGCUGGAGUUUGCUCUCCUAAUAAAAACACCCGCUACGCAACUCACGGGUCAAACCAAAGACUCUUACAGAGAACAAGUGCUAGAUUUAUUGCUGCGGAUGCUUGGCAUAUAUCAUACCAAAGAUACCUGCACCUUAUUUGUUGUUUUUGUUUUUUUGCGGCUUUCAGACGUCGGAAACGCGCACAUUCAAGGUGUAUCGGGCGGUGAACGGAAACAUGUGUCCAUAGCUGAGAUGAUGGCUACCCGAGCCUCAGUUCUAUCUUGGGACAAUUCAACUCGAGGCCUUGACACAUCCUCAGCGUUGCAAUAUGCAAAUUCUUUACGCAUCUUGAGUCAAGUUUGUCAAAAAACAAUGUUUGUGACACUGUACCAAGCAGGCGAGAGAAUUUUGUCUCAUCAACAAAGGCCACCAAACAUAUUUUGGCCCGCCUCUGAGGCAAGAAACUAUAUGAUGGGGUUGGGAUACAAGGAUACACCUUGGCAAAGUACUGCAGAUUAUCUGACCGGCGAAACUGUACCACAAACACCUGAGGACAUGGAAAAAGCUUAUCUCAGUAGCAAAAUUUAUCAACAAGUGCAAUCCGACAUAAGAGCCUACAACACUGACUUGCGAAUUCAUACGUGUGACCAGGAAGAAUUUUUUCGCGGGGUUGAUCACGCUCGUUCAAAAUUCACUUCAAGACGAUCCCCAUACACAGUUUCGUUCUACACUCAAAUUUGGGCUUUGAUGAUUCGGGAAAUCCAAUUGAAACUUCAAGACAGGGUAGGAUUGAUCCUGAGCUGGGUGACGACUGUGGCCCUGUCAAUAUUUGUUGGAAGUUUGUUCCUUUUCUUGCCUGUGACAUCCUCCGGUGCUUUCACCAGAGGUGGUGUACUGUUUCUGAGUGUACUGUUCAACGUAUUUGUUUCAUUCACAGAGUUACCUUCUCAAAUGAUUGGCUGUCCAAUCAUGUGGCGACAGACCUCCUUCUGCUUCUAUCGAGGUGGUGCUCUUGCCUUGGCCAAUAUUUUUGCAGAUGUCCCCUUCUCUAUCUCAAAGAAUGCUGUAUUCUGCACAAUUCUAUACACAAUGACUGGGCUUGUCAGAAGUUGGGCCGCAUUUUUUACCUUCAAUUUGAUUGUUUAUAUUACAUCAAUCACCUUGAGCACCUUCUCUAGCUUCUUGGGUGCAAUCUCAUUCAGCUUUGAUACUGAAGGCCGUACAGCAAGCAUAGUGGUGAUGACCAUGGUGAUGUACAGCGGGUAUAUGAUCCCCCAAACUGCUAUGCGGUGUUUCUUGGUUUGGGUGUGGUACAUCAAUCCCAUCAACUAUUCUUUUGUGGCUCUUAUGACCAAUGAAUUUGGUCGCCUCAAUCUUUCUUGUGAAGGAAGGUCCAUCAUUCCAAACGGCCUGGGAUACCCACCUUCUCUUGGUCCAAACCAAGUCUGUACCCUUCAAGGUGCUCGGCCAGGUGAGCCUGUUGUAAGAGGGGAAGAUUAUAUCCAUGCUGCAAACAUGGGAAUAGAGAUCAGUUUCUUUUUACUCUUCCUAACUUUUCUUUUCUUGGCAUUGGAGAAUUCAUCUAAGGGUACAAGCACUCCAUCAAUAAUUUUGUAUAUAAAAGAAAACAAAGAGAGGAGAUAUCUAAACAACCGUUUACGCUCUUGUAAGAAAGACACAAAAACUACUGAAGUACCCAAACAGGAAUACAGGGUAUCAAUUGAGACACAUCUGUCUUUCACAUGGGAGGCCUUGACAUACAAAACUGGAAAGACCACUUUGCUUGACGUUUUGGCAAACCGGAAGACUGAGGGCAUGAUUGGAAGUGAUAUCUGCGCAUCAGGAAUAGCUGUAGGACUAGACUUUCACCGGGGAACUGGCUAUUGCGAGCAACAAGAUGUACAUGAGUGGACGGCCACGGUCUGCGAGGCAUUCAGGUUCUCGGCUUACUUGCGGCAACCGACUCACAUCUCAAUCACAGGGGCCAAAAUCGAUGCUCACAACUAUGAAAAAGACACAUUUGUUGAGGAGGUAAUUCAAAUCCUGGAGAUGGAUGAUCUUGCUGAUGCCGCCAUUGGAUUCCCUGGGUUUGGACUGGGAGUGGAGGCUAGAAAGAAAGUGACAAUUGGUGUUGAACUUGCUGCUAAACCACAAUCACUUCUCUUCCUUGAUGAGCCUACCUCUGGACUUGAUGCGCAAAGUGCGUAUACCAUCAUCCGGAUUCUACAAAAUCUAACAGAGGCCGGACAAGCAAUUCUAUGUGCAAUCCAUCAGCCAAAUGCCCUAUUAUUUGAGAGCUUUGAUCGACUUUUACUUUUGAAGCAGGGAGGUAGAUGUGUGUAUUUUGGUGACGUAGGAAAAGAUUUGCAUGUAGUACGAUCUUACUUGGAGAAGAAUGGAGGUCGGUGCCCAGAUGACGCAAACCCAGCAGAGUUCAUUUUGGAAGCAAUUGGCAUAGGGAAUGCCCGUCAGAUGGGGGGCAAAGAAGAUUGGGCAGAUUGGUGGUUGAGAAGUGAAGAGUAUACCAAAACCCAGUACAAGAUAACACACUUGAAACAGAUUUUGAAAACCGUUUUGACUAGGACAAACCGUGCUUAUUUCAGAAACACGGAUUAUCAACUUACCAGACUACAUAACCACAUAUCUAUAGGACUCCUUGUUGGGUUAUCUUUUCUAAAUCUUCCCAACUCAGUAGCCGCUGUGCAAUACAGGAUAUCUUCUAUCUUUGUUGCUGGAGUCUUGCCAGCUUUAAUCAUCUCACAAGUUGAGCCUUCUUUCAUAUCAGCUCGGCUGAUUUGUGUACAAGAAUUAUCUUCAAAAACAUACGCACCAGGGGUCUUUGCAAGAACCCAGUUUUUGGCUGAGUUACCGUAUUUGACAAUUUGUGCAGUGUCUUAUCACCUACUUUGGUAUUUUUUGACUGGAAUGAAUCCAUCAGCAAAUCUGAUAUGGGUGUGGGAAAUCUUCUCCGUUACCCUUGGCCAAGCUAUUGCAGCACUCUCGCCAACCAUAUUCAUCGCAUCUCAGGUAACCGCACCCCUAUGCCUGGUGUUAAGUUUGAUAUGUGGAAUAAUGGUACCACAGCCAGUGAUGCCAAAGUUUUGGAGAUAUUGGCUAUAUGAUUUGAAUCCAUAUACUCAACUUAUCUCUGGACUGGUUGUGAAUGAGCUCCAUGAUUUGGAUAUCCGUUGUUGUCAGGAUGAAUUCGCAAUAGUUCAACCACCUAUUGGUAGUACCUACAGAGAAUGGCUCUCGUCCUUUGUAGCUGCUGCUGGUGGAUAUGUGAAAAACACUCAAUCCACAGAAAAUUGUGCUUAUUGUCAGUAUUCCAUUGGUGAUCACCAUACCUUCUUGACUUCCUUGAACUAUUCUUACAGAAAUCGAUGGAGAGAUUUAGGUAUUAUUCCUAUCUUCUGCGUCUUCAAUUUUUGUGUGACAGUAUCUGCAGCAAAGUUUUUGACCGUCAGAUACGCUAAAAGAUGA